AUGGGCAAUACUACAUCUACUUCUAAACGGAGUAAAAAGAAAAGCUCAAUCAAAGACCACCAGACAAAUCAUGCCAAUCAAUCACCCUUUGUCGAGCACACAACAAAUGAUACCAAUCAAUCACCCGUUGUCGAGCACACAACAAAUGAUGCCAAUCAAUCACCCGUUGUCGAGCACACAACAAAUGAUACCAAUCAAUCACCCGUUGUCGAGCACACAACAAAUGAUGCCAAUCAAUCACCCGUUGUCGAGCACACAACAAAUGAUGCCAAUCAAUCACCCGUUGUCGAGCACACAACAAAUGAUGCCAAUCAAUCACCCGUUGUCGAGCACACAACAAAAGAAGAGCCGUUCACCCCGCAAACCAUUUGGAAUCCAGCAUCCAACGAAUUUAAACUUGGAGACAGCCCGCAAAAUGUCAAUUCCUAUCUUCCGAAAAAGUUUUCUGUUCCGAUUUGGGCGCAUCUGCCACGAGCUGAUGAAUACAAGCAAGAUGUGGUCAAAUAUUUUUGGUUAAAACUGAGCGAAUUUGGGGAUGAAAUUACAAAAUUUAUUCCACCGAAUGUAUCCAUAAAAGAAUCGAGCUAUGUCUGCUUUUUAUUUUUCGAUCAAAAAUUAUUUCGUAUUUCCAUUCGAUUAUUUCAUGAUGGCCAGCAUCAGAAUUAUGAUGAAAUAAUCGAAGCAUAUGCUAAAGCAGUGAAUACUCCGAUAAUCACAACUGAAAAUGGAAAGAAAUUCUACUAUGAAGACAACAGAAUCGCCUAUUUUUCACGUUUUUCAACAGAUAAAAGUCAUAGUCUCAUUGAAGUUAUUCGAAAAGAUCAGACAACGUCGGACGAUGGCCAUCAGUAUUUUCGUUCAGCAACUCAUCACCAGUCACAAAGAAAAGAAGAAAGAUCAAUCAAAGACCACCAAACAAAUAAUGCCAAUCAAUCACCCGUUGUCGAGCACACAACAAAAGAAGAGCCGUCCACCCCGCAAACCAUUUGGAAUCCAGCAUUCAACGAAUUUAAACUUAGAGACAGCCCGCAAAAUGUCAAUUCCUAUCUUCCGAAAAAGUUUUCUGUUCCGAUUUGGGCGCAUCUGCCACGAGCUGAUGAAUACAAGCAAGAUGUGGUCAAAUAUUUUUGGUUAAAACUGAGCGAAUUUGGGGAUGAAAUUACAAAAUUUAUUCCACCGAAUGUAUCCAUAAAAGAAUCGAGCUAUGUCUGCUUUUUAUUUUUCGAUCAAAAAUUAUUUCGUAUUUCCAUUCGAUUAUUUCAUGAUGGCCAGCAUCAGAAUUAUGAUGAAAUAAUCGAAGCAUAUGCUAAAGCAGUGAAUACUCCGAUAAUCACAACUGAAAAUGGAAAGAAAUUCUACUAUGAAGACAACAGAAUCGCCUAUUUUUCACGUUUUUCAACAGAUAAAAGUCAUAGUCUCAUUGAAGUUAUUCGAAAAGAUCAGACAACGUCGGACGAUGGCCAUCAGUAUUUUCGUUCAGCAACUCAUCACCAGUCACGUAAGUUAUCUAUUGAACCAUUGAUCUCACCGCAGUCGGACAAAUAUGACAUAAUGAUUUCUUACUCUCAUCAUGAGAAAGAAGUUUGUCAUCGUCUUUACUACCGUUUACUCGAGAGCAAGUUUCGCGUAUGGAUAGAUCUCGAAAAUAUGUAUGGUCCAAUCGUCGAACGAAUGGCAG